GUUUUAAGAAUGAUCAAUAAUGAGUUAAUUAAAAUUUUAAUGUGUAGAGUAUAAUAGAAAAGAAUUAAAAUUCAAAUUUGUUUCAUAUAUACAUAUAACUUUAUGGGAUACAGUAUGAAAAGUAUCUAAAAAAGGGUCUUUGGCUUAAAAAUGAAAAAGCCGCGAUAAAUAGCAUAUGCAAAGAUUUGCUGGAUUUGGGGCAUGCGGAUUGUGCAUCAUUUUUUCCUACCCUUGAUCGAGUAACAGAGGGCGGCCUUUCUUUGAACAUAAUGAUUUCGUCAACUGUAUAGCUGUCUGGUUGAGUCAUUCAUAUCCAUUGUACUUGUCGGAUACGCGGCUUUAUUAAUUCAGCCAGUAGGCCGCGCUAUUAUUAUUUUUAUUUAUAUUUUUCUAAAAUUUUAUUUAUUUCUUAUAUGGUCAAGUCUGUACCAAAAUUUGGAGAUUAUUAAAAAGAAAUAUAUUUUUAAACCUUGACUAUUAGGAGAGAGAUGACAAUAUUCUUUGUCUUUAAAAGUUUGAUUAAUAGGAAAUUUUUAUAGUACUUUUAUUUCUAUGAAGUUAAUCUUAUUUUAUUAGUACUUAUUGGUGGAUGAUUUAUAAGAAAAAUAUAAUUCAUGGUGAAAUAGAGAUAAUAAAAAAGAAAAAGGAAAAUAAAAUCAAAAUUUUUCGUAUUAGUUUUUCUAUUGCAAAGGAGGUCCUACUUGCUUGGAUUUGGUAAGGAUAAAACAAAGCGGGAUCCACACUAUUGGAAUUAUUGAUCGAAGGGGAGGAAGAUAAAAAAGGUAGAUGAUGGUUGACCGUUUACUUGGAACCAACUUGGAGCCAACUUGGAGCCAAUUGGAAGGAACAAAACAACAGGCAACAGCAUUGAAACUUCUCAACGUAUAUCCCACAUCAUUAGUUUUCUAAUUAAUUUGAACCUGCCUCGCCUUCUAUUCUCCUGUCUUCUUCGAUGGGCUUUUCCUGGACAAGGUCCUUUCUCCUUUGCUUUCUUGUGCUUCUCCAUUAUGUUUACUUCCCAAAUGCUGAAACUUUCGAUUACCCAACUGCAAAUCUCUCUACUUCAUGGACAAACAGCCCCUCUCUUCCCCAUUCUGUAAAUUUCACCGAUAGAUCGAUGGUUAGAGCCAUCCUUCUCAGGGGAACCUUUGGUCCAAGGUUUGCUUGCGGUUUCUUCUGCAAUGGAACCUGCGACUCUUACCUCUUUGCCAUUUUCAUUGUUCAGACCAAUAGUGUAUCAUAUAUAACGUCCCCUGCUAUUGGUUUCCCUCAAGUAGUUUGGUCUGCCAACAGAAACAAUCCUGUCGGAAUCAAUUCGACAUUGCAGCUCACAUCAGAUGGAGAUUUUAUCUUAAAAGAUGCUGAUGGAACUGUGGCUUGGUCCACGAAUACUAGUGGCAAAUCUGUUGCUGGCUUAAACUUGACUGAUAUGGGCAAUCUUGUGCUUUUUGAUCAUAAUAAUGCUACAGUGUGGCAAUCUUUUGAUCACCCAACUGAUUCUUUGGUUCCGGGGCAAAAGUUGGUGGCAGGGAAGAAACUUGUUCCUAGUAUUUCUCUGACAAAUUGGACUCAACUUAAUUUGCUUUCAUUUUCUGUCACUGAUGAAGGAUCUUUUGCUUCGGUUGAGUCUAGUCCACCUCAGCUCUACUAUGAAUCCAGAGUUAAUGACAGAACAACGAAUAGAGAGCCAACCUAUGUCACUCUUCAGAAUGGAAGCUUUGCUUUGUUCAGCAAUUCAUCUAAGGCAAGUGAGCCAGAUACCUUCAAGCCCAUUCCAAAAGCCUCAUCAGUACAGUAUGCGAGGUUUGGUCCUGACGGGCAUUUGAGACUUUACGAGUGGACAACAGAUGGGUGGACACAAGUUGACGAUCUGCUUUCAUCUCCAGGGUAUGAAUGUUUCUAUCCUACAGUUUGUGGGAACUAUGGAAUUUGCUCCAAUGGGCAGUGCAGUUGUCCUACAACAACUUAUUUCAAGCAAAUAAAUGAUAGGCGUCCUGAUAUUGGGUGUUCUGAAAUUACUCCCUUGUCUUGUCAAGCUUCUCCAAAUCACAGUCUUAUAGAGUUUAGGGAUACAACAUAUUUCUCAGUUUCCAGUGACCUCCAAAAUGUGGAUUUGGAAAAAUGCAAGGAGGCUUGUUCUAAGAAUUGCUCCUGCAAAGCAGCUAUUUUUCGAUAUGGUUCUGAUUCUGCCAAAGGUUCUUGCUACUUGCCAAAUCAGGUAUUUUCAUUGAUAAACAAUGACAAGGAAAGAACUCAUUAUAAUUCUACUGUAUUCUUGAAGGUGCAAAAUGCCCCAUCCCCACCUGCAGAAGCUAUAGCUCCUCAGCAGAAAAGAAAAAGCCGGUCGACAGUUAUAUUAUGGUCCAGCCUUGGAACAGUUUCUGGUUUGUUUCUUGUGAUUGGAAUCAUAGUGUUAUUAGUUUGGAAGAAAAGAAAUGCAGAUAUAGAUGAGGAAGAUUACUUGGAUCAAGUACCAGGCAUGCCCACUCGAUUUUCCUACGAAAAUUUAAAAGCUUUGACAGAUAACUUCUCCAAGAUUCUAGGUGAGGGGGGAUUUGGUUCAGUUUUUGAAGGGACUCUAAUUGAUGGCACCAAAAUUGCAGUGAAGCGUCUCAAUGGUGUAGGCCAAAUCAAAAAAUCAUUCUUGGCUGAGGUUGAGUCAAUUGGCAGCAUCCACCAUGUGAACUUGGUAAGGCUGCUUGGUUUUUGUGCUGAUAAAUCCCACAGGCUUCUUGUUUACGAGUUCAUGUCUAAUGGGUCCUUGGAGAAAUGGAUCUUCCAUCAAACCCAUGAAUCUGCUCUUUCCUGGCAACAGAGAAAGAAGAUCAUCCUCGACAUAGCGAAGGGACUCACCUAUCUUCAUGAAGAUUGCACACAAAAGAUAAUCCAUUUAGACAUUAAACCCCAAAACAUUCUCUUAGACAAUAAGUUCAACGCGAAAAUCUCAGAUUUCGGAUUGUCUAAACUGAUUGAUAGAGACCAAAGCAAAGUUGUGACAACCAUGAGAGGCACUCCAGGAUAUUUGGCUCCAGAAUGGCUGAGCUCAGUAAUCACAGAAAAGGCAGACGUCUAUAGCUUUGGGGUGGUUGUCCUAGAACUCGUAUGUGGAAGAAGAAACGUCGAUCACUCGCAGCCAGAAGAACAAAUGUACCUAAUAAGCCUUUUUGAGAAGAAAGCAGAAGAGGAUCUAUUGUUUGAUCUAGUUUAUAAUUGCAGUGAAGAGAUGCAGUUGCACAAAGCAGAAAUAUUGAAGAUGAUGAAAGUUGCUGCUUGGUGUUUGCAAAAGGAUCAUGCAAUGAGGCCUUCCAUGUCAAUGGUGGUGAAAGUUUUGGAAGGUGUUAGAGAAGUUGAACCUAAUGUAGACUAUAACAUUUCUAAUUCAUCAAUCUCAACAUCCUCAACACAAGUUACUGAGUUGUUGCCCUUUCUUCUAUCUGGGCCAAGGUGAGUGUUCAUUGUUAAUUUUGUUCAGUUGUGCUUUCUGCUGUUUGAGCUUGUAUGGAAGAGAACUACACAUGUGAAAUUAGUCAUUCCAGUUGAUGGAAUAAUGGAAUGUUCUCUUCUAGUCUUUUCUUUCUAAUGAUAGAAUAAGUGAAGUCUAUUUGAAUUUCCCAUAUCAAACUCAAAUUUUUCUUAGUUAUUCAUUUGAUAGAAUUUCAA